ACUCACGUCAUAUGUGCGUAGUGCGUACCCAUGUGACAUUCAUGCAUUGCCAUUUAUUAAAAAACAAAUCUGUAACUAUUUACAAGUGUUUAGUCCUGUACGGUGUGUAGCAAUAGUCACUUCCUGUUGAAAGAAAAUGUAAGUAUAUGACCGGACCGCAGAAGAAGAAAAAACACCAUGUAGGCGAUACAUUCUACAAACGGAAAUACAAGACCAAACAUAGAGCCAGAGACAUUGACGAGGUCGAUAAUGACUUAAAGAAAGAAAAUGCAGACCGUUUGUUGAAACAAGCUCUUGAUUUUGAUAAACCUGGUGAAGGACAACACUACUGUAUACAUUGCGCACGUUAUUUUUUAAGUGAUCAAGUCUUACAAGAUCAUUUCCGUACAAAAUUGCAUAAGAAACGAAUUAAAGAACUUAGACUUGAACCAUAUACAAUUGAAGAGGCUGAAAGAGCGGCUGGUUUUGGCAGUUAUAUAGCUCCAAAAGAAAGAGUCAUUGUCACACAACCAAUUAAUGUGGAAGAAUACAAAGAACCUGAACAAGUUGCUGAUAUUUGUUCAUUAAAUAUAGAUUUACAAUGAUUAAAAAAUUAUUUUCUAUUAA